GACUGACGGCGUGGGGUCCUCGGGGCCCUAGCGGGAGGAAGUGGAGCUGUCUGUCGGCUCCGCGCUUGUYGGCCUCUCAACGUGGAGCCAUGGGAGGCUUGGAGAAGAAGAAGUAUGAACGAGGCUCUGCCACCAACUACAUCAGUCGAAACAAAGCCCGGAAGAAACUGCAGCUGAGCUUGCCUGACUUCAGGCGAUUAUGUAUCCUGAAGGGCAUUUAUCCCCAUGAGCCCAAACAUAAGAAGAAAGUUAACAAGGGCUCCACAGCAGCCCGAACUUUUUACCUUAUCAAAGACAUCAAGUUUCUYCUCCAUGAACCCAUUGUCAACAAGUUCCGGGAAUACAAGAUAUUUGUUCGGAGGCUUCGGAAAGCCUACGGGAAGAGCGAGUGGAACACUGUGGAGCGCUUAAAGGACAAUAAGCCCAGUUAUAAACUUGACCAUAUCAUCAAGGAGCGGUACCCCACAUUCAUCGAUGCUCUGCGGGACCUGGAUGAUGCCCUAUGCAUGUGUUUCCUCUUUUCUACCUUCCCACGAACAGGCAAGUGCCAUGUGCAGACCAUUCAACUAUGCCGCCGGCUUACUGUAGAAUUCCUGCACUAUAUCAUCACUGCCCGUGCUCUGCGCAAGGUCUUCCUGUCCAUCAAAGGCAUUUACUACCAGGCUGAAGUGCUGGGACAGCCCAUCGUGUGGAUCACACCCUAUGCCUUCUCCCAUGAUCACCCAACAGAUGUGGACUACAGAGUCAUGGCCACCUUCACUGAGUUCUACACCACCUUGCUGGGCUUUGUCAACUUCCGCCUCUAUCAGUCCCUCAACCUCCACUAUCCCCCAAAGCUCGAGGGUCAGGCCCAAGCAGAGAUGAAGGACAGUGAGGGCGUCUAUGCAUUGGACUCUGAGAGCUCUAUGGAGAAACUAGCAGCCCUCGGUGCCAGCCUAGCCCGUGUGGUGGUACCUGCCACAGAGGAGGAGGCUGAAGUGGAUGAAUUUCCUGCUGAUGGGGAGAUGGCAGUGCAGGAAGAAGAUCGCAGGAAGGAGCUGGAGGCACAGGAAAAGCACAAGAAGCUCUUUGAGGGCCUAAAAUUCUUCCUGAAUCGUGAGGUACCCCGUGAGGCUCUGGCCUUCAUCAUCAGGAGUUUUGGGGGAGACGUAUCCUGGGAUAAGUCUCUGUGCAUUGGAGCCACCUAUGAUGUCACAGACUCCUGCAUUACCCAUCAGAUUGUUGACCGACCUGGACAGCAAACCCCUGUCAUUGGCAGGUACUACAUACAGCCACAGUGGGUGUUUGACUGUGUGAAUGCCCGACUCCUCCUCCCUGUGGCAGAAUACUUCCCUGGGGUGCAGCUGCCCCCACACCUUUCACCUUUCGUGUCUGAGAAGGAAGGAGAUUACAUCCCACCUGAGAAGCUUAAGCUGCUGGCUUUGCAGCGGGGAGAGGACCCAGGAAACUUGGAAGAGUCUGAAGAAGAAGAGGAGGAGGAGAAAGAAGAAGAAGAAGACAUUGAAGGUGAUGGAAAUGAAGGGGGAGAAAAUGAAGAAGAGGAAGAAGAUACGGAGGCUGCUUCAGAAAAGGAGGAAGAGGCCCAUCUGGCAGCCCUGGAGGACAAGAGGAUGGAGGCAAAGAAGCCCAAGGUGAUGGCAGGCACUGUGAAACUGGAAGAUAAGCAACGACUGGCCCAAGAGGAGGAAAGUGAAGCCAAGCGUCUGGCUAUUAUGAUGAUGAAGAAGCGGGAGAAGUACCUUUACCAAAAGAUCAUGUUUGGCAAGAGGCGCAAAAUCCGAGAGGCUAACAAACUGGCAGAGAAGCGGAAAGCCCACGACGAGGCUGUAAGGUCUGAGAAGAAGGCCAAGAAGGCAAGGCCUGUUUGAGUGCCAAUGGAGGCCAUGUUCUGGCAGCUGGAGAAGACAGUGACAGGCCAAGGGACCGCUUUUUAUUCCCUUCCUUCUCCCUGACAGCCCUGAUGUCCUUUCAUUCUGACAGGGUUUUUGGGCAGCCCUGGCCUCCUUGGAUGAAACUUUCUGCUGGUGGCUGGGCAGAGAGAGGUUCUAGAGCCUGAUCGGCCCCUUCACUUGCUGCCUCUAUUUUCCUUGGCAACCCCCACCAUAUAUCGACCUGUGAUUCUCAGAGUGCUGUGAUAGGGUGAAGAUGGGGGAACUUUUGUUAUUUUGUUAUUAAACACUGAAC